AUGGCCGCCUUCCUGAGGAAGCCUCUAAAACUAGCUCUGGUGCAGCUAGCAUCAGGCGCUGAUAAGACCGUCAACCUCUCGCAUGCCCGGAGCAAAGUCCUUGAAGCCGCGCAGGCAGGCGCACGACUGAUUGUCCUCCCUGAGUGUUUUAACUCCCCCUACGGCACACAGUACUUCCCCAAGUACGCCGAGACCCUGCACCCGUCGCCGCCGACGAAGGAGCAGUCUCCCUCAUACCACGCACUGUCGGCCAUCGCGGCCGAGGCCAAUGCCUACCUGGUGGGCGGGAGUAUCCCAGAGCUGGAAACCUCCAGCAAGAAAUACUACAAUACUUCGCUGGUGUUCUCGCCGUCAGGAUCCUUGAUCGGCACGCACCGCAAGACGCACCUGUUCGACAUCGACAUCCCGGGCAAGAUCAGCUUCAAGGAGAGCGAUGUGCUGUCCCCAGGCGAUCAUCUGACGGUGAUUGAUCUCCCUGAGUACGGCAAGAUUGGGCUCGCCAUUUGCUACGACAUCCGGUUCCCGGAAGCGGCCAUGAUCGCUGCACGCAAGGGCGCGUUCCUUCUGGUCUACCCGGGCGCUUUCAACACCACCACUGGCCCACUCCACUGGUCGCUGCUGGGUCGCGCCCGCGCUGUUGAUAAUCAGUCAUAUGUGGCGCUCUGCAGCCCCGCCCGGGACGUAAAUGCCUCCUACCAGGCCUAUGGCCACACCCUGAUUGCCGAUCCUAGUGCCAAUAUCCUUUCCGAGGCCGAGGAUUCCGAAACUAUUAUCUACGCCGAUUUGAGCGAUGAAGCUAUCGUGAAUAUCCGCAAAGGCAUCCCCAUCUACACUCAGCGACGAUUUGACCUCUAUCUGGAUGUGAGCGAGGGCCAGAAUUAA